AAAAGAUUAGUUUUCAAACGUUUUGCUCGUAUUUAAGGCGAUCUCUUGUAUGAGUCGUUAACCAUUAAAUGAAAUGAUGGUUUUGAUGAAAUAUCUCAUUGUUUUGAUUGAAUUGGCUCUUUUGGCUUAUUGUCUACCAAAUGAGUUGGUUGUGGAGCGAGAGGAAGCAAACUAUGCCCCCAAUUGGGACUCUAUAGACAAGAGACCACUUCCCGCAUGGUACGAUGAAUCGAAAAUUGGUAUUUUCAUACAUUGGGGAGUAUUCUCUGUGCCAUCAUUUGGCAGCGAAUGGUUUUGGUGGCAAUGGAAUGGAUCCAAAGAAAAAGCAUACAAUGAAUUUAUGACUCAAAACUAUAAGCCACACUUUACUUAUGCAGACUUUGCUAAUCAAUUCACAGCAGAAUUCUAUGAUCCCAACCAUUGGGCCGAUAUAUUCAAAGCGUCGGGAGCUAAAUAUGUUGUGCUCACGAGUAAACAUCACGAGGGCUUUACAAUGUGGCCAUCGAAGACUUCUUGGAAUUGGAAUGCUUUAGAUAUUGGACCGAAUCGGGACUUAUUAGGAGAUUUGGCAACUGCUGUAAGAAAAGCAGGUCUUAAGUUCGGUGCAUAUCAUUCAUGGUUUGAAUGGUUUAAUCCACUUUAUCUUCAGGACAAGAAUAAUAAGUUUAGUACUCAAGAAUUUGUCAAAGAGAUUUGGCAACUGCUAAAAGCAGGUCUUAAGUUCGGUGCAUAUCAUUCAUGGUAUGAAUGGUUUAAUCCACUUUAUCUUCAGGACAAGAAUAAUAAGUUUAGUACUCAAGAAUUUGUCAAAUUGAAAGCUCGUCCAGAAUUAGAAGAACUAAUCAAAACUUACAAACCUGAAGUGAUUUGGUCUGAUGGCGAAUGGGAAGCGCCGGACACCUACUGGAAUAUAAAAGACACGGUUGUAGUGAAUGACAGAUGGGGUGCAAGCACGAGAUGCAAACACGGCGGGUUUUUAAGUUGUGACGAUAAAUACGAUCCCGGAGUACUACAGCCACGCAAGUGGGAGAAUGCCAUGACUUUGGACAAGUAUUCGUGGGGUUACCGAAGAGAAGGACACUCGGCUGACUAUUUAAGUGUUCACGAGUUAAUCUCAACUUUGGCCCAAACUGUCAGUUGCGGAGGAAAUCUAUUGAUCAAUAUCGGACCCACACAUGACGGCCGAGUGACUCCUAUAUUUGAGGAUCGUUUGAGACAAUUUGGUUCUUGGCUUACAGUGAAUGGAGAGUCCAUUUAUAGCAGUAAACCCUGGAAACAUCAAAAUGAUACCAUCAGUAAAAAUAAAGACAAGGAAGUGUAUGCCAUAGUACUGGAGUGGCCACAAACCAAUCAACUAACUCUGGGAGCUGUUGAUCCUAAAACUGUGAACACAAUCCAACUCUUGGGAUCAAAAGGCAAUUUACAGUUUAAGGAGUCGGGCGCUUCCACUCUCGUUACGUUCCCUCAGCUCAACCCCGGGAGCCUUUUCUGGGCCUAUGUCCUCAAAAUUAAUACUAAAUAA